UUUUUUUUUGGUGCUAUAUAGUGGACUAUAACAUUGAUCUUUGAAAAUUCCACACGCAAAUUAAUCCAGUGACCAAAUUCCCUUGAAACAUACUAUUUCCACUGCAUAGUAACAUGGAGAAUCACAUUUUCUUAUUGAUUCUUCUCUUUCUAGUUCAAUAUUAUUCUGUUUCUGGAUCAGCUUCUUCGUCGAAUGAAACAGAUCAACAAGCUCUACUAGUUUUCAAAGAUCUUGUUACUAGUCCUAGUCAUUUUUUGGCAAAUAAUUGGACUAAGAAUACUUCCUUUUGCUCUUGGUUUGGUGUCACUUGCAGUCCAAAAAGGCAAAGGGUUGUACCCUUGGCGUUUCCCGAUAUGCAACUUCAAGGCACAAUUUCCUCCUCUUUGGUCAAUUUGUCCUUUCUCAGCAUGCUCAAUCUACAGAACAACAGCUUCCAUGGUGGCAUCCCUUACGGACUUGGCCACUUGCCUCGCUUGUGAGUGAUUGAUCUUGGAAAUAAUCAGCUCCAAGGAAGUAUUCCAACAAGUCUAUUUCAACACCGGAGAGUUCAAGUAAUUUCAUUGGCUUUCAAUAAACUCGGUGGUGAAAUGUGGAAAGGGCCAUGGUUUGUACCGGAACUCAGAGUUUUGAAUCUGAGGAACAAUAGCCUCACAGGUAUAAUCCCUCCAUCUAUUGGAAAUGCCACAAAGCUGAUGAACUUCAGUUUGGCUGGGAAUAGAAUCAGUGGCAACCUUCCAAAGGAAAUCAGUAAUAUGAGUUAACUUGCAUUUUUGUCCUUGAUCGACAAUCAAUUAACAGGUUCUAUUCCUGCAACACUGUUUAAUAUAUCGGCGCUAGUUGGCAUGUCUGUGUCAUUCAAUAGUCUCUCUUGCUUGAUGAAGGGAAUAUUGUGUCAAAUCUAGAGGUCUUAAGUAUAUCUUACAACCAAAUUUCUGAUCACAUUCCUUCCAACAUAUGCCAACUUACAGAGCUCAAAAUAUUGUCCAUAUCUUUUAACAAUAUAAUUGGAGAUAUACCCAGAAAUAUUGGUUGUUUAUCCAAACUUGAGGAGUUUUAUAUUGGUCACAAUCCCAUAAAAGGGACUAUUCCCGCUUCAUUGGGAAAUAUUUCCACUCUGCAAAAUCUUUAUUGUGCACUCAAUUACUUGGAGGGGCCAAUUCCUCCAGAAUUGGCGAAGCUAUCUAAUUUGUGGGAAAUAAACUUUUUUCAAAAUAAACUUAUUGGUCAAAUUCCAGAAGCUAUUUUUAACAUAUCUUCGUUGAAAAACAUUGGUUUCAAUUUGAACAACCUUUCGGGGAGAAUUCCUACCACUACCGGUCUUCAUCUUCCAAAUCUUGUAUACCUUGUCUUGGGGGGCAAUCAGCUGGAAGGGGAAAUUCCAUUGUUCAUAACAAAUGCUUCCAAGCUUGAGAUACUGGAUCUAGCCGGGAACUUUCUGACAGGAACUAUUCCCACUAAUUUGGGAAAUCUUCAUGAGCUGCAAAGACUGCUCCUACAUAGUAAUCAGCUUACUAAUGAACCAAGAGAACAUGAGUUGCGAUUCUUAAAUUCAUUGGUGUAGGAUGUUGCGGUAUCUACAAGUAGGUUCCAAUCUGUUGAAUGGCGUUCUGCCCAAUUCUGUUGGGAAUCUUUCAUCUACCAUUGAAUACUUUCAUUUAGAAGAUGCACGCAUCAAUGGCCUCAUCCCCCCAGGAAUAGGCAACAUGAGUGGUCUUAUUAUCCUAGUCUUUGAAAAUAACAACUUGAUGGGAAAUAUUCCUCCUGAGAUUGGUAAGCUUAAACAACUCCAGGGGUUGUUUAUACAUAACAGUAAAUUGCAGGGACAUAUUGCGGAGGCGGUAUGCCAUUUAUCUAAUUUGGUUGAAUUAGAUCUGGAUCGUAAUGAGCUCACAGGAGUGAUCCCGGAAUGUUUAGGAAAUCUCAGCAUGCUACAACACCUUUAUUUGGGUUCUAAUAAAUUUUCAUCAAAAUUUCCCUUGAGCCUUUGGAAAAUGAAAGGUCUUCUCUUUCUAAAUGUGUCACGAAAUUCUAUAGAGGGAGAAAUUCCACCAAAUAUUUGGACUAAAGGCCAUUUUUCAUCUAGAUCUUUAAGGUAACAACUUAUUGGGAAAGGUACCAAGCAUAUAGGGGAAUUCCAAAACCUGAAAUCUCUUAACCUAUCAAACAAUUCUUUUUCAGGAACAAUUCCAUUCUCCCUUUCAAAGUUGAUAAACUUGGAGUUCUUGGAUUUGUCUUUAAAUGUGUUGUCUGGUACUAUUCCUAAGUCUUUGGAAAAACUAUUACACCUUACAAGUAUCAAUGUUUCAUUUAAUGAUUUAGAAGGUGAAAUACCCAAUGGUGGUGUGUUUACGAAUUUCACUCUGCAAUCAUUUCUAGGGAACAAACGUUUAUGUGGAAUCCACAUUUUGGAGGUUAUCAAUAAUACUGGACAGCAAUCAAAUUCUAAGGAGUUUGUGCUGAAAAUUGUUAUUCCAGUGGUUACUUCAUCCUUUCUGAUAUUCUUGUUAGUUUCAGUUUGGAUAAUGAAAUGUAAGAAGAAACGAAAGUCUACAGAUGUUGAAAUAGUACCAGAGGUCGGGACCUAUCAAUUGAUUUCUUAUCAUGAGAUUCAACGAGCAACAAAUAAUUUUGGUGGAUCAAAUUUAAUUGGUGAGGGAAGCUCUGGCUUUGUAUACAAAGGCACAUUAUCUAGCGGAACUGUGGUGGCUAUAAAGGUUUUGGAUUUGGAAAAAGAGCAAGUAUGCAAGAGGUUUGAUACUGAAUGUGAAGUGAUGAGAAAUGUUAGGCACAGAAAUCUUGUGUCUGUGAUCACUACUUGUUCUAGUGACUAUAUAAGAGCCUUUGUUCUGCAAUAUAUGUCUAAUGGGAGCCUUGAGAAUUGGUUGUACAGAGAAGAUUGCCAAUUGAACCUUCUUCAAAGAGUAACAGUAAUGUUUGAUGCGGCUAUGGGAAUUGAAUAUCUACAUCAUGGUUAUAUCACUCCAAUAGUUCAUUGUGACCUAAAGCCAGCCAACAUUCUUUUGGAUGACGAUAUGAUGGCUCAUGUUGGUGAUUUUGGAAUCUCCAAAAUUUUAGCUGUGAGCAAGUCCAUGGCAUAUACUGAGACAUUGGGCACUCUUGGUUACAUCGCACCAGAAUAUGGCUUGGAGGGAAUAGUGUCCACUAGUGGUGAUGUUUAUAGUUACGGCAUCAUGUUGAUGGAGGUUUUGACCAAAAGAAGGCCAACAGAUGAAGAGAUAUGGAAUGAAAAUCGUGAUUUGAGGAAAUGGAUAACACAAUCAAUUUCAGGGUCUAUGGUGGAUGUUAUAGAUGACAAACUUUUUCCUGAGGAAGAAAAAAUCACUUCUAAAAGUGAAAUCUGCAUAGCCUCAAUGAUAGAAUUGGCUUUAGACUGCACAAAGGAAACGCCAGAAUCAAGAAUAACCAUGGAAGAUGUAGUCAAGAGGCUUAACAAAAUCAAGAACGCAUUUUUGGAAAUAUAGAAGUUAGCAUCUCUUUCGUGUAGUGUUUUUGAUCAGUUGUGUACACAGUUCGUCUAUUAAUCUGAUCAGUUGUUCCUCUUUUAGUUUUCACAAA